AGCACCAGACUAGGGAAGUGAAGGCAGGGCUGGGGGCCGAGGGGCAGCCCUGCUGUGGAAGCUGCCUGGACGCCCUCCCCACCUCCCCGCAGACCGCAGACCUGCCAGACACCUGCUCUCCACUUGGCCAUGUCCUUGGCGGAGGCCAUCAGCCUCUGGAAUGAAGGGGUGCUGGCAGCUGACAAGAAGGACUGGAAGGGAGCCUUGGAAGCCUUCUGCACAGUCCAGGACCCCCACUCCAGGAUUUGCUUCAACAUUGGCUGCCUGCACACUAUCCUGGGAAACUUGCCAGAAGCAGAGAAGGCUUUCACCAAAAGCAUUCUCCGGGACAAGCACUUGGCAGUUGCCUACUUCCAGAGAGGGAUGCUCUACUACCAGAUGGAGAAGUAUGACUCAGCUAUUAAAGACCUAAAAGAAGCCUUGACUCAGCUUCGAGGGAACCAGCUGAUAGACUACAAGAUCCUGGGGCUGCAGUUCAAGCUGUUCUCCUGUGAGGUGUUAUAUAAUAUUGCUCUCAUAUUUGCCAAGAAGGAGGAUUGGAAAAAGGCUGAAGAACAGUUAGCAUUGGCCAUGAACAUGAAGUCUGAGCCCAGACAUUCCAAAAUUGACAAGGCGAUGGAAUGUGUCUGGAAACAGAAGCUGUAUGAACCAGUGGUGAUCCCGGUGGGAAAGCUGUUUCGGCCCAAUGAGAGACAAGUGGCUCAGCUGGCCAAGAAGGAUUACCUGGGCAAGGCCACAGUGGUGGCUUCUGUGGUGGAUCAAGACAGCUUUUCUGGGUUUGCUCCUCUGCAGCCACAGACAGCGGAGCCUCCACCCAGACCCAAAACCCCAGAAAUCUUCAGGGCUCUGGAAGGCGAAGCUCAUCGAGUGCUCUUUGGGUUUGUGCCUAAGACACAAGAGGAGCUCCAGGUCAUGCCGGGGAACAUCGUCUUUGUGUUGAAGAAAAGCAAUGAUAACUGGGCUACAGUCAUGUUCAACGGGCAGAAGGGGCUUGUUCCCUGUAACUACCUCGAACCGGUGGAGCUACGGAUUAAUCCUCAACAGCAGCCCCAGGAAACCUCCCCAGAAUAUGAUAUCCCAGCUCCUCCCAGUUCUAGUGCCCCUGGGAGACCCCCAUCGUCACCAGGUCACAAAGAGAAAGAAGAGUCCAAGGAGGUACAGCUCAGCAUCCCCAUGCCCUACACCGUCAAGGUGCAUUAUAAGUACACGGUGAUCAUGGAGAUGCAGCUGGGGCUGCCCUAUAGCCAGGUCCUCGGCAUGGUGUCUAAGAAACUGAAGCUCCUGCCGGAACACACUAAGCUCAGCUAUCGCCCUCGGGACAGCAAUGAGGUGGUCCCCCUUUCAGAGGAGAACAUGCAGGCUGCUUGGGAUCAUGUGAAAAACUACUGCCUGACUCUGUGGUGUGAGAACAGCGUGGGUGACCAAGGUUUUCCAGAUGAACCCAAGGAAAGUGAAAAUCCUGGUGUUAAUAACCAGACAACAGCAGCUCAGUUGAAGGAAGGGAGCCAAGUAGUAGCGCUCUUCAAUUAUGAGGCUACUCAGCCAGAAGACCUGAACUUUCUGGAAGGCGAUGUGAUCCUGGUUUUAUCCCUGGUGAAUGAAGAAUGGUUGGAAGGGGAGUGCAAUGGCAAGGUUGGCAUUUUCCCCAAAGCUUUCGUUGAAGAACAUGCAACUACAGACUUGGAAAGUGCUCCUCGAGGGAUCUAGAAUGUUUUACAACCUGCUAAGCUGAAGAAAAGUGCUAUCAUUGGCAAGACACAGCCCACAUCUGCAGGGCAGUUCCCUGUACUGUACAGACACCACCAUUUGGAAGUGUCAACGAUUACUUUUCCUUGUUAAAAUUUAACAUUGAUGUGAGAAUUUAGGAUGAUUACCCUAGGGGUGAAGGGGUAGGGUGAGAGAAUGGAAAUGUCUGGAAGGGCAUCAAAGGGCCUUCUGACACUUGUUUCUUGCUGAGUGCUGGGUACCUGUGUGUCCAUUUUGUGAAAAUUCAUGGAAUUGAACACUUACGGCUGGUGCACUUCUGUUUAUAUUUGAUACCUUAAUAAAAAAACUUACACGACACCAGAGUCUAGGAUCAGGGACUAAGAACAAAUGAACCUUACUCCUGUGCCAUUACUAACAAAGACUCCCAGAGUCUAAAAUAAUCAUCUGGCUAAUUCAGAAGGCAGACACAAAACUUCAUUAAAAGCCAUGUUGCUGAAACAGAAGCUAGGCCGAGUUAGGUUCCUAUGAAAUACUGCUUUCAAUUCCAUAGAGAAUUAAAAUAAUAGAAUUGCAUUUCUUCAAGCCUUAUCAGAGGAAGAUGUUAGGAAUUCAAUGUGAAUAUAUGCCACUAACAACAUGAAAAUAAGUUCCAGGUAGCCAGCUGGUGAACAGUUUAUAAUAUAUACUAAUAUGCAUGGCAGACUGCGAAGGUCUGCUUUUGGUGACCAGCAUUUACACAAACAGCCUGGUUUUUCAGUGGUUAACUGGGUGAGCGAUUCCAAAGACCUUAGGCACCUGCUUUAAACCACCAGCCCUCUAUGCUUCUUGUUAACACUUUUGGCUUUGUUACCAAUUUUCAAAUGUGUAGGCUUUGGGGCAGAGUAAAUAAUAGUGUAUUAUGUAUGAAUCAACACCUAGGUUUGCAAGGUCUGCUGGGAGUGGGCACACAGACACAUCAGCAGUGGAUGGCACGCUGCCCAACGGCCCAGCAGGCCACCCUACCAAGUUGGACCUAACUCAGAAAUCCAACUCCAAAACAAAGAACAAUUAUUACUGCUAAUCAGAC